AUGGCAUCAUCAGUGGCGACGAAAUUCUUGACGGAUCGUGUGGCGUUGGUCACCGCCUCGACGAAGGGAAUCGGCUUCGCCAUUGCCAAACAACUUGGCGCCGCCGGCGCUUCUGUCGUCGUUUGCAGUCGAAAGGAGAAGAAUGUGGAUGUGAGUUGGGGGAAAUUUCGAGAAAAAAAUAGGGAUGAAAAUUUCCAGGAAGCCGUCGCCGCUCUCCGACUCGAAAACAUCGAUGCUCACGGCACCACGGCCCACGUCGGCAACAAAGAAGACCGUACGAAACUCAUCAAUUUCACACUAGACCGGUUCACAAAACUCGACAUUCUGGUAUCAAAUGCCGCCGUAAACCCACAUUAUGGCGAUUUGAUGUCGGUGACCGAUUCGCAAUGGGACAAGAUGCUCGAUUUGAACGUCAAAUCGGCGUUCGAGCUGACAAAAGAAGCCGUUCCACAUCUGGAGGCGUCGGGACGGGGCAACGUUGUCUUUGUCUCUUCUGUUGCCGGCUACUCGCCUAUGAACGAGAUUGGAGCGUACUCGGUGAUGAAGACCACGUUGACAGGGCUCAGCAAAUCGUUGGCACUGAAUUUGGCCAGGCGGAACAUUCGUGUCAAUACUAUUGCGCCAGGUAAAAGCCAAAUCCCGGAUUUUUGUGGAAAAAUUGGCAUUUAUUGGCCCUUUUGGCUUCAAAACGAUACAUAUUCUAUAAAAAUGACCGAAAUUUAA